UUUUUUUUUUUUUUUUGAGAAAUCCCCUUUUUAUUUUUGUUAAAAGAUGAAAAAUAAAAAAUACCCCUUUUUUUUACUAAUUUAUUUAUUUAAUUUUAAAUAUUUGUAACGAAACAUGCCUCAACGGCUCAGCCUCAAUUUCAAAUUACGAUAUUGCCCCUGUUUAUGAAAAAUAUUGACAAAAGCCUAAAGUCACUCGUCAAUAACUUCAUAUGUUUCGUUUUCUUAAGCUCUGAUACUGAAAGGGCCUCCGAUCCUCCCUCCUUCGAUUCUCUACGGACCAUCCUAUGAUAACUACCGACGCAAUCCCAUACACCCCACGUUAACCCCUUCAAUCAGCAUUGAGGGAAGCCUCAAAACUCCAUAUUCGAGCUCUCUCUGGUAAACCUUCGGAAUUUGAUUUUAGUUAAUUAUUGAAAUUCUUCGUCCGUAGCGAAGAUGAUUCACCUGCUGUUCACGGUGGUGUUCUCGGAGAUGGCGAUGAUAAUUUUGAUGUCGUUCAAAACCCCUUUGCGGAAACUGAUUAUUAUGGGCUUGGAUCGGGUGAAGCGUGGCCGUGGGCCUAUUGUGGUGAAGACCGUUGCGGCGACGGUCGUUUUUUUGCUCGCUUCGAGCGUCUACAGCAUGGUUAAGAUCCAGAACCGUUGGAUCGAAGACGCUGCCUCUAAUCCCACAGAUCAAAUCCUUAUGGCUAAGCAUCUUCUUGAAGCCACUCUCAUGGUGUCAGCACUCUUCCUUGCUCUCAUGAUAGAUAGACUACACCACUACAUUAGAGAACUUCGGAUACGAAGAAAGACAAUGGAGGCUGUUAAGAAACAGAACCAAGGAUUUGAGGAUGCUAAAGCCAGUGGUUUUGACGAAAUCAAAGCCAAGGAAGAAGAGAUGGCAACCCUGCGGGAAAAACUCAAGCAGCUAGAAUCUGAUAUUGAGACGAAGAACAAGGAUGUACAUGCUGCAGAAGCUAAUGCAGUUGCUUUAAGGAAACAAUCAGAGGGAUUUCUUCUCGAAUAUGAUCGUCUACUAGAAGAAAACCAAAAUUUACGCAACCGGUUACGAGCUUUGGAUCAAAGCUUGUCACGCUCCGGUAGCAAGAAAAAUACUUGAAGAAAAAAGAAAAGGAAAUACUGACGUCUUGAAAAUUAUAUUUCUUUCAAAUUCCCCUCCCUCUUUGAAAUUGUUACAUUUUAUAGUAUUGGUUGUGAGUUCAAUGAUGGAUUGAUUGAUUAGAUUUCAAUUUUCAUCUUUGCGUCAUUGUAAGUGUGGAGAAAUUAAAGGAACAAACAGAACAUAGGGCUUUUUACCUUUUUUCUUUUUUGGUGUUCAAUUCAACUUGAGUUGGAACUGAAGUAGAAUAUUGAAUCAAUUGUAGAAUAUAGAAAGCUUCUACUGCUUAUAUUGGUAUGUUUGUGGACAGACUGUUGUUUCAUGUGAAGUCAGACUAAAUACCAAACGAUUAUUCCUAA